UUGGGAGAGUAGGAUGCUUUUGAAGAUACUGGUAGGGCUGCAUUGAAACACAUGAUCACCUCUUUGGGUUUGGGGAGUUUGUUCAGAUUCAUCAGGAAAAGCCUUGUGGCAACAUAGCCCUCGCAGGCCUGAGAGAAGUCUGUUUGACCUGUCAUGGCACACCUGCUGCUGCUAAGAACUCAGGGCUGGAGCUGACGUUAGCCCAGCCAGCUCCCCCCAAGUGUCUAGGCUGAGUUUUUAGAGACCUUUGUCUCCAGACAUUGUUGGGGAAAGCAUCCUGGAACUGAGAAGGGGCAGCGGAGCUACCGCCGUGGUGCAGGCUGCCCUGUGCAAGCCCCGGCAGGAGCGCGUGGCAAUUAAGCGGAUCAACCUGGAGAAAUGCCAGACCAGCAUGGAUGAGCUCCUGAAAGAAAUUCAAGCCAUGAGUCAGUGCAGCCAUCCCAAUGUAGUGACCUAUUACACCUCUUUUGUGGUAAAAGAUGAACUUUGGCUGGUCAUGAAAUUACUAAGUGGAGGUUCCAUGUUGGAUAUCAUAAAAUACAUUGUCAACCGAGGGGAACACAAGAAUGGAGUUCUGGAGGAGGCAAUAAUAGCAACAAUUCUUAAAGAGGUUUUGGAAGGCUUAGACUAUCUACACAGAAACGGUCAGAUUCACAGGGACUUGAAAGCUGGUAAUAUUCUUCUGGGUGAGGAUGGUUCGGUACAAAUAGCAGAUUUUGGGGUAAGUGCAUUCUUAGCAACAGGGGGUGAUGUUACCCGGAAUAAAGUAAGAAAAACAUUUGUUGGUACUCCGUGUUGGAUGGCCCCUGAAGUCAUGGAACAGGUGAGAGGCUAUGACUUCAAGGCUGACAUGUGGAGUUUUGGAAUAACUGCCAUUGAAUUAGCAACAGGAGCAGCGCCUUAUCACAAAUAUCCUCCUAUGAAAGUGUUAAUGUUGACUUUGCAAAAUGAUCCACCCACUUUAGAAACAGGAGUGGAGGAUAAGGAAAUGAUGAAAAAGUACGGCAAGUCCUUUAGGAAAUUACUUUCACUGUGUCUUCAGAAAGAUCCUUCUAAAAGGCCCACAGCCGCAGAACUUUUAAAAUGCAAAUUCUUCCAGAAAGCCAAGAACAGAGAGUACCUGAUUGAGAAGCUGCUUACAAGAACCCCAGACAUAGCCCAAAGAGCCAAAAAGGUGAGAAGAGUUCCUGGGUCGAGUGGUCACCUUCAUAAAACCGAGGACGGUGACUGGGAGUGGAGUGACGACGAGAUGGAUGAGAAAAGUGAAGAAGGGAAGGCAGCCUUUUCUCAAGAAAAGUCACGAAGAGUAAAAGAAGAAAAUCCAGAGAUGGCGGUGAAUGCCAGCAGUAUACCCGAGCAAAUACAGUCCCUCUCUGUGCAGGACUCUCAGGGCCUACCCAAUGCUAGUGAAGACUAUAGAGAAACUUCUUGUGCUGUGAACCUCGUUUUAAGAUUAAGAAACUCCAGAAAGGAACUUAAUGACAUACGGUUUGAGUUUACUCCAGGAAGAGAUACGGCAGAUGGUGUAUCUCAGGAGCUCUUCUCUGCUGGCUUGGUUGAUGGUCAUGAUGUAGUUAUAGUGGCUGCUAAUUUACAGAAGAUUGUAGAUGAUCCCAAAGCUUUAAAAACAUUGACGUUUAAGUUGGCUUCAGGCUGUGAUGGGUCGGAGAUUCCUGAUGAAGUGAAGCUGAUCGGGUUUGCUCAGUUGAGUGUCAGCUGAUGUAUGUUCCUUGACAUCUCCCUGAUUUGUCAUGCCCCCCACUUCACAACAUGCCCCUCAAUCUUCCUCCCCCACCCUGCCUCCCACCCCCUCACUCCCAGUUCCCACAAAAUCAGAAGAUUGUGAAGAGUCUGGCUUCAAUGAAAUGGGAUAAAAAAAGAAUUUUUUUAAAACUUAACAACACUCCGAGUUCUGCUUUAUUCUCUAGCAAUCCACAGUAUGAGAACAAGCAAAUGCCACAGCUGCACGACUGUUGCUAAUUUUUCCAAAAGCUAUUUAAUAUUCUUAGCAAUCAAUUCGGAUAUCCCUUAAGUGAAAAGAAUCUGAAAUACACUCAGGUGGUCCUAUUUAUUGGCAACAAAAGGAAUUUUUUCUAUCAGAAGCCUAUUUCUUCUUCUUUCAUUGUUGUUCUUUCUGUUCUACUUUAAUUGUACAUCUGACAAUACUGCCUCUUUUAUGUUGUAUUUAGAAAUUAAUAUACUUAUAAAAUUAAGAUUUAUUAGCCAAACUUGAAUUCUAGUUUUAAAACUGACUGUGAAUUUUAUUUUUCAUAUAUUUAUGCAUUACACACCUUAGCUAUAAGAAGAAAAGUUUUUGAUUAUAUGCUUCUUGCAGUUAAUCUCUUGUUAUUUAAACAAAAAAUUUCAGGUCUAUCUUUGGAGUAUUUAUAACUUUUGAUUUUUGAAAUGACUGAAUUAGGAACUAGGAUGCUUAUUCUUUUGGUUUGUUUGCCUAAAAACCAAUCCACAAUCUGAUUGUCUCUUGGGAGAGGGAGGUGCCUUGCAAACUUUCAUAUUAAGAAUGUGCCUGAGGCUGCUUUAUUCUGGAAUAGUCUCAGAUCUAAAAUUUCCUCUACAUCAAGUGGCAUAUGUAAGUUUUGCUUCAUUGGAACGUAUAGAAUGCUAUAGAAAAUGUUGCCCUUCUAUUAGACUGCUAAUUAUGUACCCACCUCUGAUUUGACUUCUCCUUAAGGGACAGGAUUUGUUGUUCCAAAGGUGAUACACUUGAAGAUUUUACUUGAAAUUCCGACGAAUACCCAGAUGGAGUGAAAAAUAGAAAGGGUUUUGUGCAAUGACUAAAAUGCUGUUAAGUUUCAAGAAUAAAUACUUUCAACCCAAGUAGCCCUCUGCUUGACUAUAUAUUAUGGAAUAGUAACCCUUAGGAUUUUCAAAAUUGGAGUCUAAACUUUCAGGGGAGGUGGGCUCCCAGGAUGGUACCAUUGCUCUUUCCUAGCUAACCCUAGAUAUGGCAGCUCUUUAAUGUACUUUAAAAAGCAAAUAUAUAUUACUAAGGAAAGAAAAAGUUAUUUAUAAUUGCCUUGUCAUAAUUGUUAAGGUGUUCUAGAGCCAUUUGCAUACAAUUUAAUGUAAUUUCAUUCCAUUCUAUUGUUUACACAACGAUUACUCAAAGAUGACUGCAAAGGUAAAAAGGAAAAUAAACGUGUAUUGCACAAA